AUGGCAGCUGCUGCUUCCCAGAAUCCUGCCCAUGGACUCUUUGAGAACUUUCUGCAGGCACAGCAGUGCAAGGAGGUGCUCAGCAGCUUCCAAGACCUGUGCAUGUGUCUGGGCCUGGAGCCUGGUGGGAGGCUGUCCUUGUAUCACAAGCUCAAGGCUGAACUCAACUACUGGAAUGCCAAAAGCCUCUGGGCCAAGCUGGAUAAGCGGGCUUCCCAUCCCGUUUAUGAGCAGGGGAAAGCCUGUGCCAACACCCAGUGCUUGGUGGUAGGAGCUGGGCCAUGUGGACUUCGGACAGCUGUGGAGCUGGCCCUGCUGGGGGCCCGAGUGGUCCUGGUGGAGAAACGCACCAAAUUCUCCCGCCACAAUGUCCUCCACCUUUGGCCCUUUACUAUCCAAGACCUCCGAGGGCUCGGGGCCAAGAAGUUCUACGGACGCUUCUGCACAGGCACCCUGGACCAUAUCAGUAUUCGGCAGCUCCAGCUGCUCCUGCUGAAGGUGGCAUUACUCCUGGGGGUGGAGAUUCACUGGGGGGUCUCCUUCACAGGACUCCUGCCCCCAUCUCACAAGGGGAUUGGCUGGAGAGCCCAGCUUCAGCCCAGCCCCACUGACCAACUAGCCCUGUACGAAUUUGACGUUCUCAUCUCUGCAGCAGGUGGUAAAUUCAUCCCUGAAGGUUUCUCGGUCAGAGAGAUGAGAGGCAAACUGGCCAUUGGCAUCACCGCAAACUUCGUGAAUGGGCGCACGGUGGCUGAAACUCAGGUGCCCGAGAUCAGUGGUGUGGCUAGAAUCUACAACCAGAGCUUCUUCCAGAGCCUGUUCAAGGCCACAGGCAUUGACCUGGAGAACAUUGUUUACUACAAGGAUGACACCCAUUACUUUGUGAUGACUGCCAAGAAACAGAGUUUACUUCGGCUAGGAGUGCUUCGUCAGCCCUUUUGGCCGUUGGGCACUGGUGUGGCACGUGGGUUCUUAGCAGCCUUCGACGCAGCCUGGACCGUGAAGCUGUGGGCAAAGGGUACUCAGCCCCUGGAGGUUCUGGCGGAGAGGGAGAGCUUGUACCAGCUCCUCUCACAGACCUCCCCCGAAAAUAUGCACCGCAACAUAGCCCAGUACACCCUAGACCCAGCUUCUCGCUACCCCAACUUGAACCUCCGUUCUGUGACUCCCCAACAGGUACGGGAUCUUUAUGAUGUUGAGGCCAAGGAACUGGAGAGGAGGAGAUCUGACAAGACGGAUUCUAAAAAGCUACCCACCCCUGGACUGGUGGGCACCCAGGAGGAGCUGCUUCUCUGGUGCCAGAAGCAGACAGCUGGAUACCCUGGGGUCCAGGUCACUGACUUCUCGUCCUCUUGGGCCGACGGUCAGGCACUUUGUGCCUUGAUUCAUCGGCUCCGACCCAAUCUGCUUGACUUGUCCACCGUGCGAGGGGCUGGCGCUCUGGAGACCACAGCCCGGGCGGUAAAGCUGGCCGAACAAGAGCUGGGCAUCGCACCAGUGAUCCCUCCCCAAGUGCUGGUGGCCGGAACUGAUCCGCUGGGCCUCAUUGCCUACCUCAGCCAAUUCUACAGUACCUUCGGAAGGACUGCUCAUAGCCCAGGUCCGGUCACUCAGUUCUCUACUGGGACUGCCAACGCCGUCCUGUUCCUCAGCAAGCUGCAGAGGACACUGCAAAGGAACCGGUCCCAGGAGAAUGGAGAAGAGAGCAGUGGCAAGAAGCCUUGUAUAGAAUCGGAGUCUAAGAUGCCAAGUCCCACAGAACCCAUCAUCCUCCAGCCAGUGACGCCGUCAAACCCCCUGCCAGCGGACCAGGAGGCAGAGGAUGGCGACUCCUGUGCACUGUGUGGAGAGCGUCUCUACAUCCUAGAGCGGAUCUGUGCCGAUGGCCGGUUCUUCCACCGAAGCUGCUUCCAGUGCCACAGCUGUGAGGCCCCACUGUGGCCAGAAGGCUACCGGCAGCACCCUGGGGAUGGCCACUUCUAUUGCCUCCUACACUUCCCUCAGUCUACCAACCUAAAUGUGGAUGAUGGCACCCCCAAAGACCAGGAACCCUCCAGUAAGAAUGAAGACAAGGAGGCCAUGGCAGUGUCCCCCACAACACCCACAGCUUCCCAGGAGAUGGAAGGUCCUUCCAAACUGCCUUCAAGAAAACUGAUCAGACUCUCAAGCCCAGAGCGCCGAUGGCUGUCAUCCCUUAACUUCAAUCCAGAGGCUGAGGUGGAGGGUCCCCCCAAACCUCCUCGAAGCUAUUCUGCCUUGGCCCGCCAGGCCCUGGAGGACAGCUUUGGAGGCUGGGGAAUACCUGUUGCUUCAGCUAUUGAGGAAGAGGAAGAUAAGGAUCCCUCCUCCAGUGAGGAAGAAGAAGAAGCAGUGGAAGAAGAUCUGGUUUUAACAUCCGCCGUAGAACAGACCCUGUUGAACAUCGCCAAGAAUUCAGGCACCAUGGAGAAGUAUCCAACAUGGCGACAGACAUUGCUUCGCAGAGCCAAAGAGGAAGAAAUGAAAAGAUUCUGCAAGGCCCAGGCUAUUCAGCGGCGUCUUGAUGAGAUUGAAGCUACGCUUCGAGAACUGGAGGGAGAGGGCAAGAGGUUGGAGUUGGCCUUGAGGAGCCAGACUAGCUCUCCUGAACAGGAGAAGAAACUAUGGGUGGAAAAACUACUUGACCUUGUUCGAAGGAAGAAUGAUUUGGUGGCAGAGGAAGCCGAUCUCAUGAUCACGGUCCAGGAGCUGGGCUUGGAAGAGAAGCAGUGGCAACUGGACCAGGAGCUGAGAAGCUACAUGGAUAGGAAAGAGACCCUGAAGACAGCCUCAGAGAAGCAGAAGGAAGAGCAGAUGUUGAAGCAGUUGCUGGAUGUGGUGAAGCAGAGAGAUGCCCUGAUCCGCUUCCGUGAUGAGUGUCGGCUCAGUGAGCUGGCACAGGGGACUGGGGACCAGGGCUGAGAAGGGUCCCUGCUGCUUCUCUCCUGCCAGACUUCUCUGGGGUGUUAGCUGGGCCACAGCUCCGGAAUCCACAGCAUGGGCCCCGCUGGCUGGGCCCCGCACGAUACCCGGCCAAUGUUAACAAUAAAAAAGGUCCACUGGGCACAA